GGGACUGUUGGUUAGGUCAGGCUUGCGGGGCCAUGGUUGUGCUGUCCCGCACUCUUCCUUAUGUUACGUGGAGGGGUUGCAGAAUUCAUUGCUUCCGCGAGCACGAUCGCCGUUUCGACCGCUGUUAGAUCGCGAAGCAGCGGCCUGUACGAGCAUGGGAAACGCGAAUAACUGGGAAGAUGGUGGGGGAAAAAGAAAGAAUAAGAUCGGCGUGACGCGGGUGUGACAGUCAUCACGCAAGGGCGGCGGGGAUCUGGGCUUGCAGGAGUGCAAGUGAGAGGGUGGAAGUCGAGGCGGAGGUGGACGGCUCUCUUUGAGUUCUCGGUGUGCUGUGGUAGGCGCAGUCGCCGGUCGAAGCGGCUGAAACGAGAGGGACUUCUGGGCAUCACCUCACUCUACAAUGGGGGACUCAGGUACAGAUAUCGAAGACUAUGGGUUCGAGUAUUCGGAUGAGGAACUGGAGGAGCAGGAUGUUGACAUCGAAAACCAGUACUACAAUUCAAAAGGAAAUGUGGAAGCACAGCCAGAAGACGCGCUUAAAGGUUUUGCUGAAGUUGUGAGGAUGGAGGAGAACAAGGGAGAGUGGGGAUUCAAAGCGCUAAAACAAACAGUAAAGCUUCAUUAUCGGCUGGGAAAUUACAAGGCUAUGAUGGAUGCAUACAGGGAAAUGCUUACAUACAUAAAGUCGGCAGUCACACGCAAUUACAGUGAGAAGGUGAUCAACAACAUUCUGGAUUUUGUAUCGAGCAGUGCAAGCCAAAAUAUGGAGUUGCUUCAAGAAUUCUACCAGACAACCUUGAGGGCGCUAGAGGAGGCGAAAAAUGAGAGGCUAUGGUUCAAGACAAAUCUCAAGCUUUGCAAGCUGCUCUUUGAUAUGGGGGAGUUUGGACGGAUGAGCAAGAUUCUCAAGGAGCUGCACAAAUCAUGCCAGAGAGAGGAUGGAAGCGACGACCAGAAGAAGGGAACACAACUGCUCGAAGUUUAUGCAAUUGAAAUUCAGAUGUAUACGGAAACUAAGAACAACAAGAAGCUAAAGCAAUUGUACAAGAAGGCUUUGUCAAUUAAGUCAGCCAUCCCACAUCCACGGAUCAUGGGGAUCAUUCAUGAAUGUGGCGGCAAGAUGAACAUGGCUGAACGGCAGUGGGCAGAGGCAGCGACUGGUUUCUUUGAGGCCUUCAAGAACUACGAUGAAGCAGGGACUCAUAGGAGAAUUCAGUGCUUGAAGUAUCUCGUCCUGGCAAAUAUGUUGAUGGAAUCUGAAGUGAACCCUUUUGAUGCCCAAGAAGCCAAGCCGUACAAGAAUGAUCCAGAGAUUCUGGCAAUGACUAAUCUAGUCGCGGCUUAUCAAAGGAAUGAGAUUCUGGAAUUUGAGAAAAUCUUGAAGAGUAACAGAAGGACAAUCAUGGAUGAUCCAUUUAUUCGGAAUUACAUUGAAGAUCUGCUGAAGAAUAUCCGUACCCAGGUGCUGCUCAAGCUCAUCAAGCCAUACACAAGGAUCCGAAUACCAUUUGUCUCCAAGGAGCUUAACAUUCCAGAAAAGGAUGUGGAGCAGUUGCUUGUAUCGCUAAUUUUGGACAGCCGAGUGCAUGGCUAUAUUGAUCAGGUCAACCAGCUACUGGAGUUAGGGGACAAAUCGAAAGGAAUGAAGAAGUACUCUGCAAUUGACAAGUGGACAACGCAGUUGCGGACGCUGCAUCAGAUAGUUAUAAACAAACUGGGAUGAGACGGUGUUUGCUUUGUGGCAGACUUUCGCCGGCUGUGAACCUUCGCGACUUCAUGCAAGAGCAAUCAAUGUUCAGCAUCUGCACCAAGCAGUGUGACACUGGCCUCAGAGGCUGGGAGUCGGCCAACGGCUCCUUCCUUCAUGAACCUAUGGACGGUGUGUGCUAUUGCGGUUAGGUUGCUUGAGGACUCACAUCGCUAUUGAGGUAGCGUGCUUGUCUGAAUGUCGGAACCAGUUUUCCAGACGCUGAGCAACGUGGUUGAGCAUGUCCCCACAUCCCCCUUGUCAUGGUCCGACUUUUCUCUGCGAGGACAGAACGCUAGUGGGCCCCAGUUUAGAGCGAGAAAUUGUUUUCGGGGUCCCUAGCCAACACCAGAACACCGGCGCUGGCAGCUCCCCGUCUUUUGAGAUUGGCCUCCAAUGCGCCGUGAAGUCUGGUUAGACUCGAUGAUCCAUUCAGUGUCCAAGGGAGAGGGCAGUUACAAGAGACCAGUUUGAAGCGGAAGUCCACAGUAGUGGUGCUAGGCUGCUGAUUAUUCACACAAGAUGCCCAAAGGCAGGCCAGUUUGAAGCGGAAGUCCACNACACAAGAUGCCCAAAGGCAGGCCAGUUUGAAGCGGAAGUCCACAGUACUGGUGCCAGGCUGCUGAUUAUUCACACAAGAUGCCCAAAGGCAGGCAGUGCUUGACACUGUGUAGAGGAACGAACGGAUGGAUGGAUGGAUGGAUGGAUGGACGGACGGAUGAUGAAUGCUGCUUUGCAGAACCCUGUGUUCUGCAUCAUCCUGCCUAUGUAAUGGAAAAUAGUGCGGGCAAUUUGAGACAAACCCUGUUUACGGCCGUCAACUUUACCACCCUCGUUGCCCAUUAUCAUCCCUGAAUGACAGUAAGUACUAGGUGGUAGGUAACUGGGUGAGGAACAACCCGGCAGACUACGUUUUUCAAAUAUACCACCCUCCUUGCCCACCUCUUGUGCGGAACCGUAAAAGGUAUGAAAGCAUGUGUUGCAGGUUGUUUGAUUGUUGUGCCUCCUGUCACACGAUCAAUUAGCCACUGAUUAUGUAGGAUUAUCGGUUGGCUGCGCACUGUCAACGGAUUAAUGCCUUGUAUGAUUCUUGAAAUCCUUCUGCUGGAAGGCAGGGAUCCACUGCGAUUUUGAUAUCCCCCUCAUGUUAAAAGGAUGCAAUCAGGAUCCUUUUGACGCU